UGACAUGUGGUCCCACCCAGAUUACACCCCUCCUGGACUGACUCCCUGAAAGUUGAUCGGCGUGCUUUGGGACACAGCAAGAGAUUAGUUAUUUCUACACUUCUGGAGGCAGGGCAGCCUGGAAAGCAUUGUGGAAAAUAUCACAGAAUGGGCUUCUGAAAGAAAGAAAGAAAGAAAGAAAGAAAGAGCAGCCAGUUUCAUCAUUAAGCAAGCAUCAGGUGACUCAUACCACCUACCUGGGUCUUCCACAGCCUCUGCUGCUCCUGAACCUUUUAAUGUCAGAAUGACCAAGAGAAGAACACCGAAUCUGACAGAAGGAGACAAAAGAGGCAAAGGUGGCAAUGGAGAAACCUGUGAAAAUACGCUGAAGGGAUGAAGUACAGUGUGGAAGAUGGUGAUUCACAUCUCUGCAGUGAUCCUUCAGUAAAAGGGAGAGAAGCUCAACACCCCCCUUCCAUAAUGACCCUCAAUAACCUGGAAGCUCACUUCUCCAUUCCUGUCAUCACCACUCUAUUGGCUGAUAAUGGCCAUUUAAUAGCAGAGGGCAGCAGAGAAGUGUCUGGCUAUGUGUCUGUGGCUGGACACACAACACAAUGUCCUGAUCCAAGACCUCCAGAGAUCCAUGAUGAUGAUGAUGAUGAUGAUGAUGAUGAUGAUGAUGAUGAUGAUGAUGAUGAUGAUGAUGUCAUUGUGUAUAUUGAUCAUCCACCACCCUCUGCUUUCUGUUGGCCACAAAAUGGCUGUAUUGAGGGCCCUCAGCAAGAGAAAGAUGCAUCCGGGAAGAAGUAGCAGGUGAGAUGGGGUGUAAUUUUUCCUGGGCAGAACUUUAUGCCCCAUCUCUCCAUGCAGUAUCUUGUCCUUAAAGUAUUUAGGCAGUCAAUGGGUUGGAUUUAGCUUUAGGAGAUUAUUGCAUUACCUUUGCUCCUGACAUAGACACAGGAUGUAACUUUAAUCUUUAAGCGGAUCUUAUUGCAUUCACCUGUUGCCGGGCAGCAGGCAGCCCGUUUGCAACCUUGGCUUCUCCAGGCUUCUCUCGCUUCUUUUCAUGAAUGGGAUUUUCCUAUUCUUGAAAAACUAUGGCAGAAGCCCAGGUUGGAAAUGGUCUGCCUGCUGCCCAGCAACAGGUGAAUGUGAUACGAUCUGCUUUCUUAAAGUUACAUCCUGCAUCUAUCUUGGGAGCAAAGGGUAACACAAUAAUCUCCUAUGUGUCAUGUUUAGAGCAGACCCGCUGAAAUCAGUGGGACAAGUUUUGGUCUAGGUUGUAAAAGUUUUAAAGCGGGGGUGGUCAAAGUGCAGCCCUGGGUCCAAAAGUGGCAACUGAAGACAUUUUGUUACCUUUGUUGCAGAGACUGCAGCAUUAAAAAUGUGGGGGGUUUGGUAGUGAUUUUGAUUGCCACACAGUUGGUACAGAUUUCCAAUGUUUGCACUGACCAAAAAUGUAUGUUAAAAUGGUCUCAAGAUAGACUUAUGCCAUCACAGUUUACUAACAGGAUGCCAGAUAAGAAGUGGACAUUUAGAUACUUAUGACAUUCUUGGAGUCCAUUCAAUUCCUAGAGGAUCUCAGGUGCAGAACAUUGGUGUUUUGACCUGUCAAAGUUGCCCCUUUCCUGCUCUAAAAAUAUGCACACCUUGCCUUUAAACUUCCAAAGGAUCAGUAGCCAGAGACACUCACACAAGACAUGCCUUGUGCAGCUAAUGCUGCCUUAUUCUGAAUCAUUUACAGCAGGGAUGGAUACCCUGCAGGUCUCACUAUGAUUUCAAAAGUCCCCUGCUAGCAAUCAAUUGAAAGUUCUGGCAAAGCAGAAUCAAUACUUUCCUCAGCAGACCAAUGGAUGGGUGAGGGUGAGAGAGAAGCGGACAUUUAAAAAAAAGGGGGGGCGGGGCGGCGUGAAAUGAAAAUGGUGGUGACAGAAAGAGGGAGAGAAAACUGAUCUGUUGUAACCUUGCCCACCACUACCAGGUAGCCACUCACAGAUUAUACUCUUGUAGAAGUGCAGCCUUCAGCAAAAAUAAAUAAAUAAAUAAUAAUAAAAGGUUACCCACAGCUUCUCUACAGUUUUCAAGGGCAGCCCUAUGAAGAGUGGAUUAUACCACUCCAUUCUCAAAACAUUAUUAGGGCAUAUGCUACAGUAGGAACCAAAAUGUCCAAAGCAUUGGAAGCUGCUAAGUCAUGUUCCUGCUCACUGCUUCAAUUUUGCCACUACAAAAUGCACCCCCAAGAUAUAAUAAACCUGAUCUUUCUAGAGGCAAGAUGAGCUCCUUCAAGGUAGGUAUUUGUUCAGAACUAGAACAUCUUACCAUGACUAUCCAUCUGGCAAGUGAUCUUCCUCUGUUUCUACUGUCUUCUACCUUUCCUAGCUUUAUUGUCUUUUCUAAUGAUCCAUGCCUUCUCAUGAUGUGGCCAAAGUAUGACAGCCUCAGCUUGAUUAUCUUGGCCUUCAGGGAAAGUUUAGGCUUGAUCUGUUCUAGGACCCAUUUGUUUGUCUUUCUGGCCAUCCACAUUAUCCUUAGCUCUCUUCUCCAGCAUCACAUCUCAAAUGAGUUGAUUUUAUGUUUGUCCACUUUCUUCACUGUCUAGUUACCUAUAGAUGACUCCAAAUGUCAAGAUGAAUUUCUUCAGUAAUUUUAUACAGGCUUUGAAUGAAAUUGGACAGUAUGGAGCCACGAGAGGAUCCCUAGAAGAAAUGUCUAAAUAGAAACGUUUCUAACCUCCUGGUGACAAAAAUCACUAUUCUGCUAGGUUUCGUCUCAGAAAAAUUUCACAGUUGAUAACUCUGAGAGGUCUUGGUUGUCCUGUUGCAGGAUGGGAAGGCUCAGUAGCAAAAUGAGAUUAAGAUUAAGACCAAGGGCCAGAUAGGAGCUGCACCACAAGCAAACAAGGCAGACUGGGAGAAUCCAGAAGGAAUGCUGAAAGCAUUGCCAAAAAGUCCUUUCAGGAAUAACAUAAACCAGUUGAGGAUGAUCUUAAGCCAAAGCCAAACAACAAUAUGGGGUUUAAUCAGUUAAAUUCAAAGCAAGAGAUAAGAAGGGAGAUUCCGGUGUGUUUGUGUGUGUGAAAGUAAAUGCUCUUUUAGAGCUAGUCUAGUAAGUGCAUUAUGCCAAUUGCUGUGGUUUUUUGCACAUUUGCAUCAGUUGUUAAUUGUCUUCACUUUCCUGUGCAAAUUCGCAUCUAUUCCCAUUAAUUCGCCCUCCGACUGCUGAAAAUGAACAGCCCGCCAAACCCAUGUGAAUCAGACAGAUGGCCACAAGUCUGACAAUGUGGAUUUCCGCAGAUAAUCAGGUUACAAACAGCAAAGCCUUUUUCUGUGGAGUUCCCCCUCCCCAGCAAAAAGCCUGGACUCCUGCAAAUUGUAUGUGGCCAGAUCACAUUAUACUUGACUAGAAUUGAGAGUAUUUUAAUCAUGCAGACAAGCCUUAAAAUAAGCCAUUGGUAAAUCACUCACAACAAGGUUUCAAGGGUUAGCAAGCAGGAACUUGUUUCCAGUAGUUUUUCUUGCCCCAGCAGUGAGGGACAUGUUGCUGAAAAAUUGGGGGACCACUCAGUGCUCAAGCACUUACACCCAAAACUUCUCUGCUCCUGAUGACUCUUGAACAGGGGUAGGCAACCUUUUUGAGCCGGCGGCCGGGUUGCUGU